AUGGAGUCAAAAAUUGAAGACGCUGCAGAGAAGAAGCAAUUAAUUGAGAAAAAAAGACACAAAAUCCCAGUUAGUAAUGAUGAGGCAAAUAAUGUUAUAGUUCGGACCUGGGGAGAUAAGCGGACUGAGAAGGGUCUUAAAAGUCAUGUUGAUCUCAUCAAAACGCUUGGAAUUGCAGAUAUAACAAAGGGUGCAAAUGUGGCUGGAGGAAGAGGUUACUAUCUGAAAGGAGCUGGUGUACGUCUUAAUCAAGCGUUGAUUAAGUUUGCUCUUGAUUUCUUGGAGAAUAGGGGAUAUACUCCAUUGCAAACUGCCUUCUUCAUGAGGAAAGAUAUUAUGGCAAAGUGUGCUCAAUUAGCUCAAUUUGAUGAAGAACUUUACAAGGUUAGUGGUGACGGAGAUGAUACAUAUCUUAUUGCCACUGCUGAACAACCUCUGUGUGCCUAUCAUUUGAAUGAUUGGAUUCAUCCUUCCCAACUUCCGUUAAGGUAUUAA